CAGGAAGCUUUGACCGGGGGAACUCAAUAUGCCACGCACCUUCCUGUUCCUCUGAGCUUGGGCAAAGUUGCAUUUCGUUGGAAAGAGCGGUUGAAGGCUUUUGCGUGGAGGAUUCAGCCAGUGAAAGUUCUUGAAAGGAACCAGUGUGUGCAGUCAUGGUGAAAUCUUGCUGUGCGAUAAACUGCAACAAUAAGUUCUUACUUGGCAAUAACAUCUCAUUUCACAGGUUUCCUCUUGGGAAAAAAGACCUGUUGAAGAAGUGGGUUUGGAACAUCCGACGGAAGAACUUCUCUCCCACGCGACACCAUGUGAUAUGCUCUGAACAUUUCCAAGAGACGGAUUACCUGGAAAAUGUGGCUUCUGGCCGACGUUACUUAAAGCCUGAAGCAAUCCCAACAGUUUUUAAUAUACCGGAGCGGCUGAAGAAGGGCCCUAAAAGGAGACGGCCUCUUGUCCGUCCUAAGCCUCCUGAUCCUCCGUCAAGCCGUUCAUUGAAGACCAAGGAGAGCGAAGCGGAAGCGCCGUCCCCUGGAAGUGAUGUUGUCGGAUUGGAACAUUCCUAUUCUCUACCAGCAAGUCCCGUUUUGGAUCUUCAGUUGGCAUCUACACGGGAGCAAGGCCCAGCAGACCCCGAAGCAGGAAAAGGCCCCCGUCCCCUCCAGGCUAGGCCUUGGAGAGAAUGCAGGGAAAGAACAAGACAGAUAGUCCCGGAGGAGCCCCUCAUCAACUCAGAUGUGCAAUGCCAACAAUUCCGGAAGUUCCUCUACCAGGAGGCCAAGGGGCCCCGAGACCUCUGCAGCCGGCUUUGGGACCUUUGCCACCAGUGGCUGAAGCCGGGGAAGCACACCAAGUUGCAAAUGCUAGAGCUGGUGAUCCUGGAACAGUUUCUGUCCAUCCUGCCCCAGGAGAUGCAAGACUAUGUCAAGGAAGAGGGACCAAGCAACUGUGACCAUGCAGUAGCUCUGGCAGAGGACUUCCUGCAGCGUCAGCGGGGGGAAGAGGUGCGGAGGCCGUUGGCAGAAGUGGCAGCUAAUGUUUCCAAGACAGUGAAGACUCCAUUGAAUACCCAGACUGUGUCACGGCUCAGGAGGAUCCCCAAGAAGGUCAACGGAGAUGCCUCUUCACAGGAUGAUGGGACCGUGAGAGAGAACACGAGAGCAGAGGAAGUUGAACAGAAAGUCUGUGUGAUGGAGGAAGGGCGAUCCCAGGAGAAUGUUUCUGCUGUGACCGAGGCUGCUGGAACAGUUAACAACCAAGUGCAAGAUAAUGAAGAAGAGAAUGAUCCAGUGGAAAGACCUGAGCAAAAAUGUGGAGCAAUGUUGGAAAAAGUCGGAGAGAACUUUCUCCUGAAUCCUAUGAUGGAAGAGAUGCUUGUCAGCCUGCAGGCUACAGAAAGUCCCCAGGAGACUGUUCAAGGGAAAAGAGUAAAAGAGAAUCCAUAUAAAUGUGCACAGUGUGAGGAAAGUUUCCAUAAGAGGUCACAGCUGGUUAUCCAUGAGAGGAGCCACACUGGAGAGAAACCUUUCAGUUGCUCGCAGUGUGGCCAGUGUUUCUCCGACCAGCCCGAGCUCCUGAGCCACGAGAAAAGCCAUGCCGGAGAAAAACCAUAUCAGUGCUCAGAGUGUGGGAAAUGCUUUCGUGAGAAAGCGUAUGUCCUUCAGCACAAAAGAAUCCAUACAGGGGAGAGGCCAUAUGUGUGCUCGGAGUGUGGGAAAAGGUUCUUCCGAAGGGGAUCCCUUAUCCUGCAUGAGAGAAUCCACACGGGAGAGAAGUUGUACAAGUGCACUGACUGUGGAAAAAGCUUCAAUCGGAAGCCACACCUUGCCGUACACAGGAGAAUCCAUACAGGAGAGAAGCCCUAUGAAUGCUCAGACUGUGGCAAGAAUUUCACGGUGAAAUCUGCUCUCAACGUCCACAUGAGAAUCCAUUCUGAAGAGAAGCCAUAUCAGUGCUCUGAUUGUGGAAAGAGCUUUCGGGAGAAAGGAACGCUCAAUAUACACAAGCAGAGCCACACGACAGAGAAGCCAUAUCAGUGCUCCGAAUGUGGGAAAUGUUUCCGUUAUACAGCCUCAUUUAGGAGACAUAAGAAGACCCACACUGUAGGGCCUGUACAAAAAUUGUACACAUGUCCUGAGUGCGGGAAGAGCUUCAGUCGCAAAGACUACCUUAUCACGCACCGGAGAAUCCACACGGGAGAGAAACCAUAUGUGUGCUCUAUUUGCGGGAAAAGCUUCAAUCAUGGUGCAACUCUUGUCACACACAAAAGAACUCAUACAGGAGAGAAGCCCUAUGAAUGCUCUGAGUGCGAGAAGAGCUUCAAACAGAUUUCCGGACUUAUUACACAUCGGAGAACGCACACAGGAGAAAAACCCUAUGAAUGUUCCGAGUGUGGGAAACGCUUCAUUCUGAAAUCCUACCUUGAUGUGCACAAGCGAGUCCACACUGGAGAGAGGCCGUACCAAUGUUCACAGUGUGGCAAGGGAUUUUCUUGCUCUUCUUACCUUUUGAGACACGAGAGAACCCACACAGGGGAGAGAGCUCACAUGUGCUCGGACUGUGGCCAGAGCUUCCAUUGGAAACGUUCUCUGAUCAUGCACAAGAGGAAACAUACAGGAGAACAGAGUGUAUAUGAAUGUGUGGUGUGUAAAAAAACCUUCAGUUGGUCAUCUGCUCUUAAUGUGCACAUGAGAACCCACACAGGGGAGAAACCGUACAUGUGCUCUGAGUGUGGGAAAAGGUUCAGCAGCAAAUGGAUCCUUAUUCAACACAAGAGAAUUCAUACUGGCGAGAAACCUUACGAAUGUCCCGAGUGCGGGAAAAGGUUCCAUGCAAAGUCAUCUCUUCUGGCACACAAAAGAACCCACACAGGAGAGAAGCCACAUGAAUGCUCAGAGUGUGGGAAGACCUACAGUGUCAAAGCCAACUUUGUUGCACAUCUGAGGACCCACUCGGGGGAGAAGCCGUACGAAUGCUCUGAGUGUGGAAAAAGCUUCUACAAAAAAGAUCGCCUCAUGACACACAAGAGGACCCACUCGGGAGAGAAACCAUACCAGUGCUCUGAUUGUGGGAAGGGGUUCAAUUGGAAAGUUGGCCUGAUUAACCACAUGAGAAUUCACACGGGAGAGAAACCGUAUGCCUGUACCCAGUGUGGGAAAUGCUUCCACAAGAAGGAUCACCUUGCUAGACAUGAGAUAAUUCACACUGGAGAGAAACCAUACUCUUGCUUGGAGUGUGGGAAGAGCUUUAAUCAGAAGGUUGCUCUUAUAGUGCACAAGAGGACUCAUACAGGAGAGAAACCAUACAAAUGCUCUGAGUGCGGGAAAAGCUUCAGCUGGAAAAAGUCCCUGACAACGCACAAGGCAGCCCAUACAGGAAAUAAACCAUAUCAGUGCUCCAAGUGUACAGAAAGCUUCAGCCGGCGUUCUCAUCUUGCAGAACAUGAAAGAACACACACAGCUUUUAUUGCUGGACCUUCAGAACUCGCUGUUCUCUCUUCAGAAGAAAUAAGCACUGCCGUGAUGAGUUUGGAUUGCAGCACCAUUAUUUUGACCACCGCUGUAUAAAUCGGGAUCAUCCAGUAAUGGCACUUUGGCUUCCAGUACCUGGCCGGUUUGCAGAACCAGAUUAAAAGCCUUUUUAUAAGCAGCAGCAAAGUAUCUUUUAAACAUGGUCGAAUUCUGUGGGAAAGGCAUCCCUCUCUAGGGCUCAGUUACCUUUCAGCUGCUUCAAGAUUAUUGCAAUUUCUCCAAAAGCUCUCUUGCUCUCCAGAAAUUUCCAUUAUCCUUCAUUUUAACUCCCUUUUGGGGUUGGGACACCUGUUAACAUUGUAAUGUUGCAUAAUGUCUUUGCUUGCAUCUUCUGAAAAAUACAGAUCUAAAUAAAAAAAAUUUUUUUUAAAUAAAAUUCACAAGCUGCCCUCCUACCAAUCACCACCACAAUAUUACUUGCUGCUGGCAGCAAUAUCACUGAAAAGCACCAAGUCAAGAGCAGCACCUAUUGGCCAGAUACAGUACAGCAUGAAAAAAAGCUGUUUUGUUUCAAAGAAAUGUAUGUGGACCUACUAAAGGUUGUAAGAGAUUCACCCAAAACAUCAAAAGCAUGAACUGCAGGCUUGCUUCAGAACUAUUCAGAUCAUUCUAAUGAACAGAUUAGGAAAUAGAUCAAUGUUAUUGAGGAACAUCAUCGAUGUUAUGGAUGAACCUUAUUGAUGUCUUGCCUGUACUCUUCAGGAGUCAACUGAGAGAUCUAUUUACAAGCAUUUAAACACUAUUGCCAAAAUGUGGGCCAAACAAAAACAAUCCAGCCCAGCUAUCUUGGUUCAUUAAGACUAUAAGAUAAUACUCUUCCAGGUUUUGAUGUGUUUUUAUAGUCUCUGCAAUAAGCAAGCAGGCCUCUUCUAUGCUUAUUCUGAGAACAAUAUCCUUGGGUUGGCUAGUCAAGUGGUACAUUAGCAAUCCUGCAAAAGUGCAAUGCCAGCAAGUCCUCUUAAACAGGGUUCACCUACCAGAUCACCGGACCUGAGCAAUACCUUCCUCCUGCAAAUGUAUUGGUUCUGAGACUCAAAGAAUACAGUUCCCUCAAGCAAUCUGGGAAGUCUCCUGCAUGGAAGCAAAGGCCACCUUUAAAUCUAGAAAAACAAGUGAAAGGGAUAUUGGGCAACAGAAAAAGAGGAUAGUUCGGCAUCAAUGAAACUAAAACUAUAACUUGGGCUUGGGUACCAGCUAUCCGAGAUGUAUUUUGAAUCUGUACAAGCAAGGGUUCUCCAACUUGGGUCUUCAGACGUCGUUGGGACCACAACUCCCAUCAUCCCUAGCCACAAUGGCUUUUAGUUGUAGUCCAAUCAACAAGUUGUAGUCCCAUCAACAUCUGGGCACCCCAGCUGUUAAAGACCCCUAUGUUAAUAGAGUUUAUUGAACCAAGACCAAACACAGGGAACAAGUUAUAUAAACUUUCCAAAACACAGCAAUUCAAGUACAAAAUUUGUAACUGUGCAUGUGGUGUGGCAUUUUUAAAGUUUCAAGACUAGGGAAGCUACUUUUGAAACCCCAAAUUAUGCCAACUUACUUAGUGUUUAGAAUGCAAAAACCACAAACACCAAAACCCUAAUUAUCUGGAUUUAUCUUCUCCGGUCCCAGCUUGUUCUUCUGUCCACCCUCAGAAACAAUUUCAGGAUUGACCUCUUUGUUUCCACAUUCAGUUGGUUCAUUUUCCGAUGGAUCUGGGAUCACCUCAGGCAACAGGAAACAGUCAUCGUUCUGUACCUGUUUGGCGGUCAUUCGAUUGUAAUGGCAGAGGAGAUUCAAGAGUAGAGAUUUAAGUUCAUCGUCCACAUUAAGGCCAUCCAUCUGAGGAGUUCUAUCUUAUUUUAUUUUAAAUUCUUGAUUUCCAAUAAGUAGCCAGUACAGCAGGCAACCAUAAGCAUACAUAUCUGAAGCUGGAGAAGGUGGCUGUCCCUUUUUGACUUCAGGAGAAGUUAAGCUCAGACCAUUCAGAGCCACAGAAUUCAUUGAUGCAUGUUGACCUUUGGCUUUGGUGAAGUCGAAGUCUCCAACAAUUCCUUUUUCUCAGUUUACAGCAAAUAUGUUGUAUUCAUGCAGGGAUCCAUGCACUAUAUCAUUAUUAUUUAUUAUUUAUUUACUGCAUUUUUAUACCGCCUUUCUGCCUUGACAAAAGCACUCAAAGUGGUUUUUACAUUAAAAGAAGCAAAUUACAGAAGAUUUUUUUUUUUAAGUUGUCUCAGGCUGUUGGUCUUUUCAGGAACUGAGGACAAGAGCUCCCUGGCCUGGGUGCAUCCUUUCUUGCCUUCUUCUCAGGGCACUCUGGUCUUUCAGUACUCUUGGGAAGGUGGGGAGCUGCCCAACAGUCCUCACAGGCCAGAGCUGGUCUCUAUGGGGGCCGAUGUUAUGCUCUCCCCUGGCCUGGCACCUCCUUCCUCUCAGGGCACACUAUAUCAGCUCUGUGUAGCAUGCAGAGACCAUGGACCACUCCUUUCAUCACUUUUUAAGGUUUCUUCUUGUUAAAGGUGUACUAGUCUGCAAUGCGCCCAAAUUUGCUCUAGCAUAAUAUGGGACCAUCAGAUAUGCUAGAGGAUCAGACUUGCAUAAAAAAAGAACAUUAGCUGCAUUAAACCAGAUUCCUCCUUCAGUUCUCUCCAAACCUGGUGAUACUUUGCUGCCCUUUCUGCCACUCCUGUUUCAGUAUUCAUAUCCACAGCAUAUCCCUUAGGAGAACCUUCUGCCUUUGCAUUUCUGAGCAAAUCGGGGGGGCGCUUUGUGCUUAGUUCCUUCAUUGGUUCAGCAUCCAGAAGAUUCCGUUCCAAACUGACUGUCAGGAGUCCUCCUGAGUUCAUGUAUUUCAGAGUUCCUGCUUCUGGAUGAAGAAGGGGCAGCUCAGGGAACCAUUUCUAUACCACAUGGUUAAGCUUCUCAUAUUCCUCUUGUUCAUUGUAUAUUUCCUGAAAGACACUGUUCCGUAGUCCUGUAAUUUCUUCUUUUAUUUUUGCCACUUCAGACUCACUGUAAUCAUCAGCUUAUUCCAAGUUGCUUUUUUCAACCAGCUUCCACCUCAGCUGAGCCUUGAUGAUUUUCCAUCUCUUCUUAAUCAGUAACAAGUCAUCAGUGUUGGGACUUGUCUCCAGCCCCUUCACAAUCUUCUUUUUGAACUCAGUACUAUUCAGGUACUUGCAAUAGACAAUAUUUAAAAGAUGUUGCUCUUGCUGGAUGUUCUGCAGAACUUCAUUGUAUAUAUUUAAGAUUAUUUUUUAUCUGCUUCAUCUAGCUCUUGGGGAAAAGCCAACUCAGCCUGCUUGAGAACAUCAUCCACAUUGCCAACAACAUCCUUGGACGUCAAAUGUUUCUGUUGUCAUGCCAAAAAACUUAAUUAUCCUGUUGAAACAUGUCACAAGAUUUUGCAGGGAAGACUCCGUGGCAUUCCCGACAUGAUUUAACUCCUCCAGCUUUACAGUGUUCCACUCAAAGAACUUGUUAAAUACUUCAGAGCCCUCAGCUUCAUGAGCCUCUCCAGGGAUCCCUGCAGUUUCUGCAAUGUUUCUAAUCUAUCAGAAAGGGGCAAGUCAUCCACUUCCCCAAUGAAUUCUUCUACUAUAGAGUAGAAUUGCUUCUGUAUUUCAUUUCUUUGAAGAAUUAAAAAAAGGGGGGGUGAAGAAAAAAAAUGAAGAAGAAGAAAAAGAAAUGUGUACUUCAUCCACAUCUUUGCAUGAUCGUAUUUCCUCUUAUUUACUUAUUUAUUUACUACAUUUUUAUACUGCCUUUCUGCCUUGACAAAGGCACCCAAAGCAGUUUACAAUAUUAAAUGAAGCAAAUUACUGAAGAUUUUUUUUUUUUAAGUUGUCUCAGGCCGUUGGUCUUUUCAGGAGUUGAGGACAAGAGCUCCCUGGCCGGGGUACAUCCUUUCUUGCCUUCCUCCCAGGGCACACUGGUCUUGAGCAGAGUAAUAUUCUACCCAAAUCAUCAUCAGCUUUUCCAACGAAAGAGGAGUAGCAAGGCAUCCGUUAGUAACUACUUUCACAGCUUCUGAAAGGUCUUCUCCAAAACGAGCACUCAUACUGAUCUGCCUAGUUUCUUUCAGCUUCUCAAACUUGGCAGCCAGGUUUCUCACUGUCACUCCUACAUAAUCAGGCAGAAUACUUUUUAUAUACUCAAGUAUUUCUGUAUGAGCUUUCUUCUCUCUCUCCAGGUCAUACAUAAGCCUCUUAACUUUUGAUUCCAGUUCUUCAUGCUGAUUCAGAAGCUUUCUGUUUUCUCCUCUGAGAGCCUCUUUCAGCUUUCCAUUCUCUACCAUUUUCUGAUCUCGUUUAAUUUUUGCCAGGCUAAUGUUCGACACCCUUCUAAGGUCACAAGCAGGGGCGUAGCUAGGGGAGAGGGGGCCCGUGUUCAUCCCUCUCUCUGGCGGUCCCCCAGAGUGAGGGAGAUAAUGAAGAAAAUUGGGAGAGAUGGAGCUGAAGGGCUCUCAGGAGCUGGGGGCCCAUGUUCUUUGAACCCUUUCACUCAAAUUAUAGCUACGCCCCUGGUCAGAAGUAAUAAAUUUCUCCUUGCUAUAUGGCAUGUGAUUUGCAGCAUUAAUCUCACUCCUCCCAUUCAGAGACACAUGAUCAUCAAAGCCUCUUCCAUUGCAGGCUGAAGGGCUGGUUCUGCUUGGCCAAGUUAUAGCUUUUGUAGUCCUGGAUUGGUACAAAGAGGGAUCAGGUUGGAUGUCAGCUAUUACUCUUUGUGGGAGAUGAGCAUCGUUUGACAAAGCCUCUCUUAACUAUUUCUUUCCCAAUAUCCAGCAGGCCACAUUCUGCUUGGGCAAAAAUGGUACUAUCCUAAUAUUCAUCUUUCCACUUUGUCUUUAUUUCUCUUUCAAAAACCAAGCUAUUCAGCAGUGUCCUCCCUUGGUCAAACUGAUUUAAAUCUUGAUUAACUGGAAUCUGUAAUCCCCAGAGUUUGUAUUUGUUUGCCAGACUAGGAAGCUGCAAGUUGUCAGGAAUCUAAACUAUUUCUGAUUGAUUAAGAAUCUCGGUUUCCAUAGUCAAUAUAUAAUACUUGGCGCUUUUCACCAUUGAUAACCUGCAGUACUUUACAUCCGUACCAGCAUUUAUCUUCUGAAAAGCAACUUCUGUAGAUCUUCUGGGUUACCAAAAACUGGAAUGGCUUGAGGACAAAUUUCAGCUAGGGUACAGCUAAUCUUCAAGAUGUCAUUCUGUCUAUUAUUGUUCUGUGCCCAAAAUGUUACAGCUUCUUCAACAUGGCAGCCAAUUACACUUUCAACUUUAUUAUACUCUGAAUCUUCCUCCAUGUUGGCAGAACACACUCUCCUUCUUCCCCAUAACUGAUUCCAGGGAAAUCCCAUCAAGGAAACUCCCAUCCUGACACAAUAGAAGUAAAUCGGACUUCUUUUCCCCCCAGAAAAGGCAAAGAUGGCAAACUCAACUACUAUGAGCAAAAGCUCUGGUAUGAACACGUGCUCAUGCCCACACCCCAUAUGCAGCAUAAAUUACUAAAUAAAAUGUUUUAAGUGAU